UUAUAUUUUAAACAGUACACAAAUUUAAAAGAAUUUAAAAUGAUGGAGUCACAAGAGUCCUUUAGGUUUGAGGUUACUUACAAAAUAAAUAAGAAUUGUUAGUGAAUUUAUAAACUAAAAUGAAAUUUCGUUUCAAUGGCGAUGCUGACUGUCCAGACUGGAUUCUAGCAGAAAUUUAUACACUAUCUCGCUUGUCUUCAAUUAAAUUAAAACUUCUAGGCCAAAUAGUAGUGCAGGGCAUUAUAAAUCCACCCUUACAGAUUGAGAAAGUUGAAAAACUUUUUGCUGAUUCCAAAUUAGAUACGGAUAUCAACUUAAAAGCUUGCAUAGCUUGUUUAACUUACAUUAUAUCUGCCGCAACACGGUUUAAUUGUGAAAGCAGUGCCCUCCAAUCUGAACUACAGCAGCUAGGAUUGCCAAGAGAACAUAGUAUAUCAAUCAAAAGAGUUUACGAUGAACAAAGUGGUAAUUUAACAGAUUAUUUUAAGUCCAGGUCACUGAAAAUAAAUAAUCUAGAGGAUGUCUCUGGGAAUUUCAUUAAAGAGACUGGAUGUGGUUUACUAAAUCUGUCUAUAAAUGAGAAAACAGAAUCACUAAAACUAGCUCCAAAUACUAUUAAGAGUCUGCUGGGAGACUUAGUAGCAGUGAGGAAUAGAAUGAAAGAUUUAAAGGAAGCAUUGUGAAUCAUAUAAAAUGUAUACAUAUAAAUUUUUUUUAUUAAAUAUAACCUGUAACUUAUAAUUAAUUUUGUAUAAGUUUAGGGGCAAUAUAUACAGUCCAAUAUCGAG